UCUGAGAAUCACUUUUGUUGCUUGCUGCAAACAACCCUCUAUCGGACCUGUAAUUUAGUAGUCCGUAUAAAUGAGCCCGUAAUGACACGUCCCGUACGGAUUGGAAAAAGUUGUGGGAGUAUUACUUCCCUGCCGUGCGCUCUUUUUAUGCACGCGCACAUUCCUCCUGGCUCCCUCAACCGCUUCGCUCCUCACUUCACUUCCAUUAGCAACGGGAAGCUUCCCCUCAAUGCUAGGAUGGGAACAGAGUGGAGAACAGAAACAUCAACAGCCCAUGACCUUCCACGAUCGCCCCCAAAUCAGCAAUUUGGUGCUUCAAAUUUCAGGAAUUUAAGGAAAGGUCAACUUGGUGGUGUUAUAUUUGGCUGCAAGAAUGAUACCAUCGAAGAAUGUCUUCACAGGCAACUAUUUGGAUUGCCAUUUCCUCACUUUGCAUACGUAAAGAAUAUUGUAGCAGGUCUUCCUUUAUUCUUGUUUAACUACAGCGAUAGAAAACUCUAUGGCAUAUUUGAGGCUGCAAGCACUGCCAAAAUGUACAUUAAUCCAUAUGCAUGGACAUCAAAUGGGUCUGAGAGAACUCAAUUUCCCGCACAAGUUCAAAUACGUGUCCGGAUUCAAUGUCAUCCACUGUCAGAAGAUCAGUUUAAGCCUAUAAUUCUUGACAACUAUUAUACCAAUCAUCACUUCUGGUUUGAACUUGAUCAUUCUCAAACUAGCAAAUUGAUGACCAAGCUAUCUUCUCAACCAAUUGCUUCUGGUAGCUUCAACCUCAAUCUACGGAAUAAAACUGAUCGGAUGAAAAAAAUCCACAGCUUACCAUCUAAUGGCAUGAAAGAAGCUCAAAGUUUUAAGGUACCAGAUGCAGAAAAAGGUUUUACCGAAUCUUGUGAGGCUAGUGGAGCGUUUGUAACUGAAGAGUAUCUUUGCCUGAAUGGUGAAAACAAGAAAGAGAAUGUACCUGAAGACACUGCAGAACAUCUAGGUGAAAAGGACCGGAUGUACUUGAAACUAAAGGAAUUGGCCAUCACUAGUGUGUCCUCAGAUGCCCCUGCGACAGGACAUGCAGCUGAAAGUACAACUCUGUUAGGUCACUCGUUUAAUGAGUAUCUGGGGCAUGAGACUUCUCUAAAGCGUAACGACCAUUUUGAAUAUGUGAUUGAGAAAAAUGGUGGAAGCUCAUCUGACUCAACUACUUAUCCUUCAGUCAUCGCGCAGUUAAUUCAAGGAAUGCAAGAACUCGUUACUUUUAAAGAUACACAAAAGCAGAAGAUGGAUUGUUUGGAGCAGAAACUGGCUGAAGCAGAACGAGAGAUUCAGGACCUAAAAAGUAGAUGUAUGAAGUUGGAGUUGGUCUCUGAUCCUUUGAUGCUACAAGCUAAUGAGACAAUCAGUUUGCCAGCUGUUGAGCACAACUUAGAUCCCGAGGAAUCAAUAUAUCUAGUUGGGGGAUAUGAUGGUGAAGCAGUGUUAUCAUCGUUAGAUUUAUAUUCUCCUUCAGAUGAUGUAAAAAGGUCUUUGCAGCCCAUGAACUAUGAUCGUUGUUAUGCUGCAAUUGCAAAGCUUAAUAAAGUUUUUUAUGUGUUUGGUGGAGGAACUGGUUGUGAGUGGUAUGACACAGUGGAAUCAUAUGACCCAGCUAUGAACAUGUGGAAUGUACACCCUUCUUUGAACAAGGAAAAGGGCAGUCUCGCUGGUGCUGCAUUGAAUGAUAAGAUCUUCGCCAUUGGUGGUGGAAAUGGAUGCGAUUGCUUUUCUGACGUUGAAAUGUAUGAUUUACAACUUGGGCGAUGGAUUCCUACAAGGUCAAUGCUGAAGGAGCGGUUUGCUCUUGCUGGUGCUGAACUCAAUGGUGCCUUGUAUGCUGUUGGUGGAUACGAUGGAGUCAACUAUUUGAAGUCUGCUGAAAGAUUUGACCCCAGAGAACAUAGCUGGACUAGGAUUGAGAGUAUGAACACUGAAAGAGGCUGUCAUGCGUUGGUUGCUAUGAAUGAAAAGCUAUACGCACUGGGUGGCUUUGAUGGAUCUGCAAUGGUGGCAAGCACUGAAGUGUAUGAUCCUCGUCUAGGGAAAUGGAUGCCCGGAGAGGAAAUGAACCAAUGCAGGGGAUACUCAGCAGCUGCUGUUGUGAAAGACUCCAUUUUUGCCAUUGGAGGGGUGAGAUCUGGAGAGGAUGUGGUAGAAACGUAUGAAGUUUACAAGGAAGGUGAAGGUUGGCAUGAAAAGAGGUCAACAGCAAUAGGAAACAGGUGCUUUGGAUUAGCCGUAUAUCUCGGAGGGGAUUCAUGAUCGGAAUAUGUAUUUUUUUUGUUCGAUGACAAUCUGUACAAGCUCUCGAAAUGCAUAUAUUACUGCUUGAAUUUUUGUUAGGGCUGAAGCUGUAUGGGAAUUGGUAAACUUUUUUCCCACGAAUGAAUUCAUGUCCGAGCAUUUACUGUAAAAUGAAUUGGUGUACCUUGGUCCAAGUUCCAACCGUUCACCGUCCAUUAGUAAAAUAUGGU